GAUUCUGAUCCGGUGGAGCCAGGAAUCUGGUUUCCGAUGGGUCUUGUCGUUACCAUCUGCGAGGUCCAACAUCAUCGGCACUUCAGUCCAGACUCAGCGUAUUCCCAUAUGUGGGCAGAGAUUGGCCACUCCUCGGUCUGCAGACAUGGAUGCCCAUUUAUCAAGUCUUACUCUCUCCCCUUUCCUCACGCUUCUCAAUGAAGCAUCUUGAAUCGCGGUUUCGGAUCGUCCAGACCUUUCUCUACCGACACAAUGCAUUACAGAGAGACAGCAGGGUCGACUUCUGGCCCAGAUGUGCUAUCAAAGGGGGCGGAUGCCCCCAGUGGGCUCGUUAACACACUUUCCACGGCAAUCAAAGAGGAUCAGGCUACCUCGUCUGAAACAAACGGAAGGCACCACAGCCUGGACAGCGACGACGAUGUCGCGGUUCUGGCGUUGAGAAACCUGAUUUUCGACAUAUGUAAUCAGAACGGCGGCGGCCACGGGGGCUCGGCCAUUGGCAUGAGUGCAAUCGGAGUGGCCCUUUACAAGUACAUCAUGCGAUACAACCCUCUGGAUUCAGAAUGGUUUGACAGGGACCGAUUUGUGCUCUCGAAUGGUCACUGCGCCAUGUUUCUCUACGCACUCAACCACCUGGUCGGUUUCCCGAAUUGGACCAUGGACGAGUUGAAAGGCUACGGAAGUGCAAAGACGAACGGAUACACGACCAUCUGCCACGCCCACCCGGAAAUCGAAGUCCCGGGAGUGGAGGUCACGACGGGGCCUUUGGGCCAGGGCAUCGCCAACGCGGUUGGACUCGCCAUCGCUUCCAAGAACCUCGCGGCCCGGUACAACGAACCUGGCUUGGACGUGGUGAAGUCUCGGAUCUACUGCAUGACCGGCGACGGCUGUCUGAUGGAAGGCGUGGCGCUGGAGGCGAUUUCUCUGGCCGGCCACCUGCAACUAGACAACCUCGUCCUGAUCUACGACAACAACGCAGUGACCUGUGACGGACCGCUUGACUGGAUCAACAGUGAGGACGUGAAUGCGAAAAUGAGAGCUUGCGGCUGGAAAGUGCUGGAGAUCGAGGACGGCAGCUAUGAUGUCCAACGCAUCGUCCAAACGCUGCGGAGCGCAGGGGAACACAGGGGCCAGCCAGUCUUCGUCAAUAUACGGACAGUCAUCGGGAUCGGGACGCAGGUCGCGGGCACGGCAAAGGCGCACCACGGCGCCUUCGACGAGCUCAGCGUGCGAAAGUCCAAGGAGCUCGCCGGCCAAGAUCCCUCGACCACACAUCAAGUGCCUCCCCGCGCGAUGUCGUAUUUCCGAGAGCGCCAAGCGAACGGAGAAGGCCUGCAAGCGGAAUGGAAUGCCCUGCUGGACGAAUAUGCCGCCAAACACCCGAAAAAGGCAGCUGACCUGUCGGAACGGCGACAAGGCGGGCUCGGAAGCCGCUGGGAAGAGGUCCUGGACGGCAUCGACUCUGCGCGCUUUCGGGGCCAGGCGACGCGCGACAGCAACGGGGCGGUGAUGGAGGCGAUGUGGCCGGUGUGCGGCGCGCUGUUCGGCGGCGGCGCCGACCUGGUCACCUCCAACAAGCUCUACUACUCCCGGUCGGACGUGUUCCACCCUCCGGACGGGUUUGCAGGACGGUACAUCCGGUACGGGAUCCGCGAGCACGCCAUGGCGUCGAUAUCGAACGGCAUCGCGGCGUACAGCCCGGGCACGUUCGUCCCGAUCACGGCGACCUUCUUCAUGUUUUAUCUCUACGCCGCUCCAGGCGUCCGCAUGGGCGCCCUCAGCCAUCUCCAGGCCAUCCACUUCGCGACGCACGACUCGUUCGCCGAGGGCCAGAACGGGCCGACGCACCAGCCCGUCGAGCUGGACUCGCUGUACCGCGCGAUGCCGAACCUGCAGUACAUCCGGCCGUGCGACGCCGAGGAGGUCAUCGGGGCGUGGAAGGUGGCGCUGGCGGCGCGGCACACGCCCUCGAUGCUGUCGCUGGGCCGCGACCCCGUCGUCACCCCGGUGCCCAACACGGACCGCACCCAGGUUGCGCGCGGCGCCUACGUGAUCCACGACUACCCGGGCCCGGACCGCGCGCGCCUCACGCUGGUGAGCUGCGGCACGAACCUGCACUACGCGGUGGCGGCGGCGCGGACGCUCGACGCCCAGGGGAUCCCCACGCGGGUGGUCAGCGCGCCGUGCCUGGCCCUCUUCGACGCGCAGGACCAGACGUACCGCGACGCCGUGUUCCCGAGCGGCGACGCCGACGGAGGGGGCGACCCCGUCGUCAGCGUCGAGGAGUACGUGCCCGCCGCGUGGGCCAAGUAUGCCACCGCCAGCAUCGGCGUGGCCGGCUUCGGCUACUCGGCCUCCAACCCCAGCAACUACGCGCGCUUCGGCCUCGACGACGCCGGCAUCGUGCGCCGCGUCAAGGCCUACCUCGCCGACCUGGCGGCCGCGGGCUGCAACGCGCGCAUGUACGGCUGGCGAGCGAUUUGA